AUAUAAACAGCGGUGCAUCCGGGGUUCAGUUAAGGGGAAGUGUGAGACGUAUGACAGGAAGCUGCUGAAUCACUUGCAGAAGAUGUUGAGGCUAACUCUGUGGUUGUUCGUGGGAGUGUUUGUGUGGGAGCUUGCGUCUUGCUCCAUCACAUGUCCCGACGGGAAUGUCUGUUCUGAUUCUGCCACCUGCUGUAUGACUGAGCAUGGGUAUAGCUGCUGUCCAUAUCCAAAUGCUGUGUGUUGCUCUGACUUGGCCCAUUGCUGCCCUUCAGGGUAUCGUUGUAACCAGCUUACCCAGAUGUGUGAGAGGGAGCCAUGGAUGAGCAUACCCAUGGUAAAGAAGGUGGCGGCAGAGGAACCAAGCACUCCUGUUCUACCUGCAUUUCCCCAUCAGGAGCCAGAAAACAAUGUGCCAGACCAACAAAAGAGCUCAGUUGUCUAUUGCGACAGCUAUACCUAUUGUCCCGAUGGCACUACCUGCUGCAGAUACCCAACAGGUGCCUGGUGGUGUUGCGGGUACUCUCCUGGCAGGUGUUGUCGAGAUGGCUACCACUGUUGUCCUGCCGGCUUCGACUGUGACUACACUUACCUGCACUGUGUGAGGCAAGGCCUGAGAUAUCCUUUCACCCCCAGACACAGUCCCGCUUCAGUCCCUGCCUCUGUCAUUUCAACACCACAGGACAAGGGCAGCUUGCAAGAGACACCAAUGACAGCUCUGACAGAAGCCAGUGGGGGCAACGCUAAGGCUGGAGUCAUUCGCUGUGACUCCAAGUUUUUCUGCGCAGGAGGGAAAACUUGCUGCAAAGGAACCACAGGCCAGUGGAGCUGCUGUCCUUACCCACUGGGCAAGUGUUGUGUGGAUGGUCUGCACUGCUGUGAGUAUGGAUAUAACUGCGACCCCACCUCCCUGUCAUGCAGAAGAUGGUACUCGCAGAUCCCCUCAGGAGCACGAGAACCCGCCAACACAGACUAAGGAGGACACGCUGUUUGAAUUUGUGCACUGUGACAGCUUUGCUAUAAUUUUGAUACACACCUCAGAUCAAAUCUAACAAUGCAACAUCAUUAGACCUAGAUGACGGUUUAAUGAGUGACUAAUCUGCUUACAACUUUAAAAGAUCAUUUCUCUUAUCCAUGUUGAAUUACAUUUUAUACUGUAUGCUGCAUUGGUGGUUAAAAAGGAUGGGAUGUAAACAUUAAUUUUAAGACACCAGCUAAGCAAGAGCUCACGCAAACGUUUUUAUCAGUUGCAAUGUGUUCAAUCUAAGCAUUUUCAACUUCAUGCCUCUCUCCUUUUUAAUGAAACGUAAAAAGAGAACACUCACAAACAUAUGAACUUUUUAAAAAAAAAAAAUUUAAAAAAAACAUGCAA